AUGGAAAGACCUCAAGUUAGUCCUAUCGAAAGAUUGCCUGUUGAGAUAAACCAGAAGAUACUGUCAACCGUUACCGAUCUUCUGUCCCUGCGAUGCGCCGCGCUGUCUUGCCCUGCACUUUUCUAUGCGUUCAUUGACGCUGAAAACGCAAUCACGACGCGCGUUUUGUCUACGCAGGUGGGUUUUGACGUGCUUCCAGAAGCUAUCGCCGCGUCAGAGUCCUCACAAUUGCCGUCUCAUACGGAAGACGAGAUCCAAGAGUUUGUCGCGAACCAUCUUCGCCGAAGACGAUCCCCAUCCGAGUCAUGGACUCUCGCCAGCGCGCUUCCCAUUGGCAAGUUUCACAACUGUGUGAGCGCUUUUGCGCGUAUGUUUGUCAACAAUAUCUCCAUAAUAGAGAGUUUCCGACGAGUUGGAUGGCUCGACCCAACAUAUGAUGAGACAUAUCGCAUCGAAAGAGCCUUGUACAGGUUUGAAGUCUUCCGCAACAUCUUCAGCAAAUCAAGGAGCAUAGAAGAAGAGAGGAAUAUUUUCUUUGCAAACUUCGCGCCAUGGGAAAAUGAGCAGCUGGGUUGCAUUCAUGAUUUCCUCGUUCGGGCAGUCUCUCCAGCCUUUGAUGACGUUGCCGAGCACGAUAUUACUUGGGGCGAAUUAAGGGUUGAAUAUGGCGUUGGAAUAGAGUCGCCUUACAUCCAACAUCUUCUUUCCCUUGGUUUAGAAAAGUUGCAUCAAAUCGUCACGGCAGAGACAUAUGAGGCGCGCCACAAGUUGCUAAAUGACCGCCGCUUUGGUUGCCCACGAAUUCGAACCGAUUUUCUCUACGAUGCGCUCGAUAACGUGAACGAACCCGAUGAUGACAACACACCCCUCCUAUCAGACUUCACCCCAGAGGACGAGCGCAGCCAUAUAAAACCACCGUUCUUCGAUGAUCCCGACUCUGGUCCGGCCGAAAUCUGGCGGUGGGCUCAUCAGGAUGAAACUAAACAACAGUUCGUCUAUCAGAAAAGCCGAGGGCCAUUGCGUGAGUGGGGAUACGUCAUGUGGGAUUCGCGGCGGCUUCAUGAUUUGGGCAUCCUCCAGAAGACCUUUGACACUGAGGGUGCUUGGAAUGCGUCACGUCUGGACUUGGAUCAACAGGGCCGAGAUCGAGCCGAAAUGGCAAUGUCAUGGGAAGCGAGAUCGAAAAUAUACAUGGCUGGAGGACGAGGGUGGUGGAGCGUGGGAGAUCAUAGUAAAAUUGUUUGGAUAGGCGGGAAAGCCCCGCAUGAACGCCCUUAUACACGCGCUCAUACCAAGCCGAUUUCAGUUGAGGAUGCUCGGGACAUCCUUCAGAUGAUGAAGCUGCCGUCAUCAGUAACCAAGUUUUUGGACCGUUAA